AUGGAUAAGAUCAGAGAGCGUAUGAGCGCCCUCCGCCUGGAGGCUGACGAGGCCCACGAGCAAGUCGAGGAUCUCAAGAAGAAGGUCAAGGCUUUGGAACAGGAGAAUUUGUCCAAGGAGCAGGAGAUCACAUCUCUAAACCACCGCAACCAGCUGCUCGAGGAGGAGGUCGAGAAGCUCGAGGCCUCCGUCAAGGAUGCCAAGGAUGCCGCCAACCAAAGUGCUCAGCACGACACCCAGAACGAAGCUCUCCAGCGCCGGGUACAACUCCUCGAGGAGGAAGCUGAGGAGAAUGACCGCACUCUGCGCGAGACCAACGAGAAGCUUCGCCAGACUGACGUCAAGGCCGGCCACUACGAGCGCAAGGUGCAGGCUCUGGAGACUGAGCGUGAUCAGUGGGAAGCCAAGUACGAAGAGAUGGCUAAGAAGCACGCCGAGCUGCAAAAGGACCUGCACGAGCUCGAGGUCUCUAUCAGCAACGUUUAA